GGAGGGACCGUCCCAAUAAAUAUCAUCCUGGACCCAGAAAUCUUCACAACUCCUCACCAGAGCCGCAGAGCACCGCCACCUCGACGCGUUGUUCAGCACUUCUUCGGGUGAAGUCUCCUUUCCUGUGGGAACAGAGAGAGCGGAAUGAAGACCCUGGGCGUUCUCCUGGUCCUGGCGCUGGCCGCUGUGGUCGCCCUCGCUUACGAUUCCCAUGAAAGUCACGAGUCUAAUGAGCGUUAUGACCCCUUUGUGAACUCCAGAACUGCCAACACCUUCAUGCGCACCCAGCAAAGGCCAUCAAGAAUGAACGAGAGAAUCCGCGAGCGCAACAAGAGCCCCCAGGAACGCCAACGCGAGGUCUGCGAGGACUACAAACCCUGCGACCGCUACGCCCUGCGACACGGCUACACCGCCGCCUACAGGAAAUACUUUGGGCAGCGCGCCGGGGGGAAGUAAAUCGAUCGGAUGAGAUCAGCGUCCCCACACAUGAAGAUCUCGGAGUCUACAGAUUAGACAUCAGGACCUUCCCGUUCCAUCAUGGACUCUAUAAGGGGGGGGAGGGGUCAAUAAAAACCCAAAUACAAGUUAGUUUAUGUAGAAGAGCUGACACUCCAUUGACAUCCCCGUCUGGCCCUUUUCCGAUCAUACAGAGAUAUUCUAUUGAUGAUAUUGUUACUUUGUAACCAUUUUAGGGUGCAGUAGGUUCACACGAAGCGAUUGGCUGUAUCAUUGGAUGGGAUCGCUGGGGGCGGGGUUUUCAUUGAUCAUUGGAUGGGAUCACUGGGGGCGGGGUUUUCAUUUCAUUGAUCGAUCGAUGGAUGGGAUCGCCGGGGGCGGGGUUUUCAUUGAUCGAUGGAUGGAAGUGACUUUUAUAUAGACUAACCUGUAACCUUCGCCUGGGGCCCCCGAGGGCCCCAUUUGUUAUCUGUCUCUGUAUUUUAUUAUCUGUUGUCUAUUCAGCACUUUAUACGUUUUUUUAUCGGAUCCGGGACGGCGGCCGCGGCGAGUCCCGUCAGGGCGCCCGGCGAUCACACAGAUAUAAUCUGUUCUCCUACUUCACAUUUUCAGAGUCGCUCACUAUCUCUGUGUCUUGCUUCCGUCACGUGACCUUUUUUUUUCCACAAAUAAAAUGCUGCUUUUAUAUAAUGGA